AUGCAGGCUGUGGACGACCUCGGUCGUCCGGCCUCCCCUCCUCGCAUCCCCGCUUCCAAGAAGCGCAAGGGUGUUGAUCGCCCAGUCCCACCUCCUCAGAAGAAGAAGAGUAAGGUGGCCUAUUCUCGCCCUGGUCCGCCUCCGCCGAUCAAUCGCGCCACUAAACCCAAGCCCCGUCCAACGACGUGGGCAGGGAUUGCCAAACAGGCCGCUCCGAUGCCUCCCCCGCCUCCUGGCUUGGGACCGCAACGUCGUGGGCCUUCCCCUCCCCCCUCAUUCCCAACGGGUCCGAUGAAGACUUCACCUCAUCGGUCCGUUCCUUCUUUUACUUCCGAGGGCCCCACCCGGAAGCAGGUUCUCGUGUCGUUCGGGGGUACCCCUCCCGACCUCACGAAAUUCUUCACCGAGUCGGCUGUUCGUGCAGCCAACGGAUACCUCAGGGAUGGUCGAUCUAUGUUGAAGGUCACCUCCAUCGUCCGCGCAUAUGACGGUUUGUCGUUGGUCACCCCCGCUGUUGCCAGUCUGUCUGAUCUGGACAUAUUGCGUAACUUUAUCCACGAAAGCCUCCCAACAGGUACCCCGUUUGAGGUUGCACUCCCGUCGUCGACAUCCUUCAUAAAGAUACUCGAUGUUCCUUACUUCGAUCCGAAAGGGCUGAAGAUCACCCAGGAGGCACUUGAAAAGGCUCUCCGUACCUCGGUUCAUGCUGAGGUUUUCGCAUAUCUGAGCACUAAGCCUCGGAUCGACUGCAACUCGGCGCACUCGACAUCGUGCACAGUGUAUUGCAACAUUUGGGACUCCCAGCAGGGAACCCGUGCCAAGAAGGCCCUUGGCCAACCAAUUUUCCUUGCUGGGCGGUCCUGUGCUAUCAGGCCCGCCGCACGACACACCGGGGUCCCGCUCUGCCAGCGCUGCUGGAAGUGGGGCCAUCCCACCGUCGCCUGCAAGGCGAAACAACUCUCUUGCCCCAUCUGCUCGGGUCCGCACGAGCAGAAGGAGCACCGUCAACAUGCGGGAUGUUGCAAGGGCAACGCGAAAGCGAAACCCCCUGUGCCGCCCACCCCUCACGACCAGCCCUGCCCCCAUAAGGGCCGCUGUGUCAACUGCCACAAGGACCACACCACCAACUCGGCUUCGUGCAAGUUCUGGGCCCAUCGCUACGACUGUGAGUGGAUCAUGGCCGAGUAUCGUCAGGUAUGUGAGCUCACCGCUCGCCGCCAACUUACUAACCCCCGAAACUAG